AGGCCGCGAGCCCGCGAGGGUUUCAGUGUCGCAUCUCGCCUUUGCUGUCGAAAACUCGCCGUUCAGUGUCGUUUUGUCAACAUGGGCUGGCUGGACGUCGGAGCUUGUAUGGCGCUUGCCGCUCUAGUCACCGGAAGCAUUGUCACGCAUCCUCCUCCUCUCGAGCCAACCGACGCAUUUAGGAUGAUCGGCGCGUUUCCCCGUGUAGUGGCCAUAUCCUCCUCCAACAACGACACUUCGUUCAAGUGCCUGGCUGCGACAAGAACUCAUUUCGACUUGGAAGCAAAGAGGGCUGUCUACGUGUGGCACUUAGGAGGAAGCCGAGCAGCCACGGCUAAGAGGAACGUUACAUUCGACAUCGAAGCAGGAAAUGCGCCUGACCAGACAACUUACUUUGUAGACAACGACCGGACUCUCCCGUUCACGGCCUACUACAACUACACUGACUACGAUAAUUGCAUGGUCACCAUAGUUCCUUACAACAACCACAGCCAUUGUUUACUCUGGGUCAAACCUGCGGUUGCGCACGCUGUACCUAGGCACUGUUUGGACCACUAUGAAGAGACGUGCGAUGUUCGGGUACCACAGUAUGACAAUGACCUGUGCGGCCACCAGGAAUGAUGAGACAUGU